AUGGCGGAGCCGAAGCAGGAAGACGUGCGCUUCUUCGACUCGCCGGGCCAGCGGACGCCCGUCUCGGAGCCGGACUGGACGGAGCGCGAGGAGACGCGGGCGCGGCGGAAGAUCGACAGCUCGGUACUCCCGUUGCUAUAUCUCGGCCUCCUCGUCUUCCAGCUCGACCGCAUGAACCUCGCGAGCGCCCUCACCGGCGGCUUCGCGGCGGACAUUGGCGUCAACCAGGACACCAUCAACCUGGGCAACCAGCUCAUGUUUCUGGGGAUUGUCAUCCUCGAGAUCCCGUCCAAUAUGCUUCUGCAAAAGGUCGGCCCGCGCAAGUACAUCUCCGGGCAGGUCAUGCUCUUCGGCUUCGUCGCCACCAUGCAGGUCUUCCUCGUCGACCGCAAGGGCUUCCUCGCCGCGCGCAUGAUGCUCGGCCUGGCCGAGGCCGGCUACAUCCCCGGUGCGUGCUACACGCUGUCGACGUGGUACACCAAGAAGGAGCUCGCUAAGCGCAUCGCUGUCUUUUUCUUCGGCAUGUUCAGCGGUAACGCCCUGAGCCCCAUCCUCGCGUCCGGCAUCCUGAAGCUCGAGGGUGAGCGCGGGCUGAGGGGAUGGCAGUGGCUCUUCUUGAUCGAGGGCGUCUUCACAAUCUUCGUCGGCCUGUCGCUCCUUUUCCUCCUGCCGGGCUCCCCCGACACGCCCGACCCGCUGCUGAGCCCCGGCGUCGUCCGCUUCCGCGGCCUGGAGCGGGAUAUCCUGCAGAGGCGCCUCGAGCUCGACGACAAGGAGCGGCGCGGGGGCGCCCAGGGGAUGCACAUCCCCCCGAGCCUCGUUUGGAAGACGAUCCUGCACUGGCAGCGCUGGCCCCAUUUCCUCAGCAGCUUCGCCGUCUUCUCCACGUGGAGCCCCCUGACGACGUAUACUCCGACCAUCAUCAUGAACCUCGGCUUCAACCGCAUCCAGGCCAACGCCCUCGCCGCCGUCGGCGCCUCGCUGUCGCUGGUCGUCGUCUUCUUCUUCGCCUACGUCAGCGACAAGACCAACCGGCGCGGCUUCUCCGUCAUCGGCGCCCACGCGUGCUACCUCGUCGUCCUCGUCGUCGCGCGGACGGCGCACCCGCACGUCGGAAAGUGGUCCCGCUGGGGGCUGUGGACGGCUGUGAACAGCUUCGCCGUGGGCUAUCACCCGGCUCACAACUCGUGGGUGCAGCUCAACUGCCGCGAGCCGGGCGAGAGGAGCAUCAGCAUCGCGAUGUGGGUGAUGCUCUCGAUCAGCGGGUUGAUGGUCGGUACCCAGUACUACCGAGGAAAUGACACGCCCUUUUACCAAACGGGACUGAGGACGCAGAUCAUCAUGGUCUCGGUUGGUAUGGCGUUUGCCAUUCUGCAGGUGGUCAUCUACACGGUUCACAACAAGCGCGUGGCCUCGGGCCAGCACAAGCCUCGCAACGGCGAAGUGCCUCGCAUAUACGUUCCAUGA